AUGAGUUAAAAGAAAAAUACCAAAAGAAUCCAUUCAUCAGAUGGAUCAUUAUCAAUUGAAUAACUCAAAACUAUUUGUCCUGACUAAUAUGUAACUUAUGAAAUUUUUGAUCUUGCUUUCAAGCAAAUGUGGUCUGUGGUUAAUAAAUUAGAAAUGUUGCAAUUGUAGCAAAAUAGUAAUGAUAAAUUGUUUGAACUUGAAAAAAGAAUUUUAAAUCUAGAGGAUGUCAUACACAAAUUAACUUGCAUUACUCCAGUCAUUCCUGAAUCUUUGUAAUAAUAGAUUGCAGAAUUAACUGACACCGGCAAACAGAUUCUAGUUGCUAUACCGUAGAGAUUUGAAUAAAUUUAGAAUGAUCUUACUGAAAAAGAAGAAAGAAUCAAAUCUGUUGAAGAUGCCUGCACAGUCUUGACUAGAGUUUUACAUGACGUAUAAACAGAAUAUGAAGAUCAAAAAGAUUAAAUUGAUAAGAUGGAAUCUGAUUUAUUAAAUAUAUUUAAAUAGUUCUAAACAGUUUUAAAAUUAGAAUAAGAUUAUUCAAAUGUAUCAAAUGAAAUUCAGAAUAUUACUAAAGCUAUUAAUGAAAUUUAUUAAUUUAUUUGAGUAAUUUAAUAUCCUAUUAUUAAA